UAGUUGAAUGAGUUUUGAAAAAGUAUGUUUAUCUUGAUUAAUGAGAAACGUUUUAGAAAUUAGUUGAGAGAAUUAUCUGGAAAUGUCCCUACAUACUUUUGAACCAACGUGGCUAUUUUCGCCGGAAAUGCGCGCGAAAAGUGGAAUCGGAAAAACAUUGUUGUUCCACAAAUGGAGCGGAGAGACCAAGAAAAUUCUACCUUACACCAACCAUUGAUUCCCUCCGAUUUUCCUCUGAAUUCGAACCAUCAAAUUCGAUUACCCAUCCCCACGUUUCAAUCGCCAUUGUGCCCAAUUCGAAAUAGAACGGAAGCUAUGGGGACGUCGAAGAUGGACAAUAUUCGCUGCUCCACGUUUGUUUUGGGCAUUUCCAAUGCCGCCAUCGCCCUUCUCGGCGGAUUUAUCAUCUUCGUUCUUUAUCCCUCUUGUGAACGCCGAUACACUCUUCCGUUUCUGGCUGUUUCCUUGGUUUCUUGCAUCAGAAUCGUCACCAUGGUGCAGAGCGGCAUUGCUCAGGAGGCUACGGCUAGAACUAUUCUCGAAUCUCCCGGUGAUACUGCUGCUGUUAUUGACACCGUUAUGCGCCGCGAGAGACGGUUGAGGUAUAAAAGAUGGCUUUGGUGGACCCGUUUUGCUUUGAUCCUUGUAAUGAUGCAAUUUGCUGGAGCAGUUUACUUAAUCUUCCAUAUGACUAACUACAUUGGUCACGAUGAAACUUCAAGUGGUUGUGCUUUAGGAGUGGCUUCACAUGAUAGAUGGUUGAAACGAAAGCUACUGGUUUUAUUUACAAUCUUGGUGUGCUUUGUUGCACUGGUUCAGUGUUUUACUGGUAUGGAUGUUCUAAGGUGGAGAUCAUUUUAUUCAACUCAAGAUCAUGCAUGGAAAGCACAUUACAGUGAGAUAUUUGACCAUGGAAUUCGUGAAGUAUUAUGCUGUUUGGGACGUUCCAAAUACUUGAGUGUCAUGGAAGAAGAUGAGGUCUUCUCAGUAGCACAAUUAUUGGGUGAUCUUGUUACUUAUCGCUCAACUGGCACCGGGCAUUUGGAAUUUUUAGCAGGUCUUGCUUUAUUGCAGAGGCAUGGCCAACUGGUACACACUUCUGAAGAGCUCAUGGAGGCACCUAUAGAUAAAAUUGAGGAGGCUGCCGUUCUUCAUAAAUUUGCUGAAGCAGCUUACACGGGGCCAUUGCUUGAUUUUGGAAGAAACCCACUCUCAUUUCCUUGUGCAUGGGUCUAUCGACAAGGGAUAUUGACUCCAUGGACUCGUAACAAGCGCCCUGUACUCCAUGGUGAUAACUGGUGGCGUGGCCAUGCUGCAGCCUUUCUUAAAUAUGUCAAGUUACCGCCUGAAGUACUUCGAAGAGGGCGUGUUAACCAGGCAAAGUGUGAAGCUGCGUACUUCGUUCUGGUUCUUCAUGAUGUGAAAUGUGUGGUAAUUGCUGUAAGAGGAACUGAGACACCUGAAGAUCUCAUAACAGAUGGUCUAUGUAGGGAAUACACACUUACUGAGGAAGAUUUGGAUGGGCUCAUUAAUAGUGAUCAUAUUCAGCUCAGUGUGAAGCAGAGGAUUAUAUCGUCCUCCCCGCACCAUGCCCAUUCCGGGAUUGUUGAGGCUGCCAGGGAGUUAUAUAUGCAAAUUGAAGGAAAUUGUAAAGAUCAUGAUGGGGCAGGAUCUGAACCGUGCGGUCUUCUCUCUUCAUUGCUGGGUCCUGGGUGCGAAUGUGAUGGUUAUCAGGUUCGCAUUGUAGGGCAUUCCUUAGGAGGAGCUAUUGCAGCAUUACUUGGACUAAGAUUAUACGGCCGGUGUCCCAGCUUACAUGUUUAUGCUUAUGGGCCACUUCCAUGUGUCGAUUCAAUAAUAGCAAGUGCUUGUUCAGAGUUCGUGACAAGUAUUGUGUUCAACAAUGAAUUUUCAUCUAGACUUUCAGUUGGAUCGAUUAUGCGUCUUCGUGCAGCUGCAAUUAAAGCACUGUCACAAGAUAGCAAGGAUAAGUCAACCCCAAUUUUCCAGCUUGCUCGCAAAUUCCUUUAUUUAAGUAAUUAUCAGAGAGAUGUGAAAGAAAGAAUGAAUUCUCAAUCAGAAAAGUAUCCUAGGCAAAUUGAGGCUGAUGACCAGGGAAUCUCCUCAAGUUAUCAGCAGAACGAGACUAGAGCUAUAAAGAAAGAAUACCAAGAAUCCUCUCUCCUGGCAAAGAAUCAAAUCAAAGCAAAUGAUAUCACAGUUGAACAUGACGAGUUCUCCAAUUCUGAUGAUCUGGUAUCUCAAAUUAUAGAAGCUGUUGAAGGAUCUGAAAACGAAAACUCAACUGAGAAUUUCUCAGAGAUGUAUCUUCCAGGCCUUUUAAUCCAUAUAGUUCCUGAAGAAAGAAGGUUCACUUUACCUUUCUUGAACAGCUUGAGGUGCCAAGCUGUUACAGAUGAUUACAAAGCUUAUGUUGCAAGCAGAGAGAAUUUCAAAGACAUUAGUGUUUCUCCUUCAAUGCUCUUAGAUCAUCUUCCUUGGAGAUGUCACGCUGCUUUGCAGAGGCUUUUGGAUGCUCAAACUGCCAAAGGUUCACUUCAUGAAACUCUGAAUGUGUAAAUAAAUUAGUUUUUAACAUUAUUUGGAAAUAAUUAUAAUUAUAAAAUGAGAAUUCAUUCAACUGUAUUUUAUUCUGUUUAUCUCAUUCAAUUUGAGUUAAAAGUUGCUUAUUUAGUUA